AUGAAGCAACAUAAUUCAAUAAAUCAUCAUUAAUCAAGCAUAUCGACUAAGCAAUCAUUAUAAAGUCAUUCGCCUUCGAAGAAUUCAAUUAAUUCUUUGAAAUCUCAAACAGUAUCUUCAAGAACUAAAGCAAAACCAAAUAUUAGAGAUAAACUAAGCAACUUAGAAUCGAAUCUAGAGACACUAAGAAAGGAUAUUGAUCAUCAAGAAGCAUAAAUGAUUGAUAAGAGAUAAAAAGAGACUAUCACAUUAGAAAAGGAUCUGACUCGCUAGAUCACUAAGUUGAAAGACGGCUUGAGCAAACUGACAGAUGUGAUAGUAGAGGAAUUUGAGCAGGUUCGUUAUGAAGCCAGAAACGAUAUUUAAAAAACUGAAUGGGAAUUUCUCAAGCGCAUGGAGAGUAUUGAAAUUAAACAGCAGCGAAUGCUUUAAGACCAAACUAGUGAAGAUUUAUUAAUGAAAUAAAGAGUGGAGUAGCAACAUUAGUAUGUGAUUAACUUUGAAAAUCAUAUUAGAAGAGAACAGGAUAGAUAGAAAAUGCUGCAGUCCUCCCUUUUGACAGAUACUUAAUAUAGUUGCAAGCAAUUAACAGAGGAUGUGCAAAAUGUAUUUAAGCAAAUAAAAUCACUCUAGCAGAACAUUAGGAUAAAAGACGAAAUACUAGAAAGUCUCAAAAAUCAAUAGGAUUUAAGCUUUAAAAAGCAAGAUGACUUAGAAGCAAAUUUCAAUCAAUUUGUGGAGAUUCAAACAGAAAAUACAUUCAAGCUGGAUUAAAAACUUGAAAGAGCUGUAAAGGAUUUGGACAUUCUAAAGUCUAAGAUCUACACUACACAUGAGUAAAAUUUUGAUAGUAUGAUAAAGAAACUAAACUUCAUUGAGUAUCUUAAACUAACUCUAAUUUUGAAGUAAGCUUUUGAUUUCUAUAAUUUUGAUAGAGAGCUGUUUCGCAUUUAGAGAGACUUAGUAAGGAUAGCUCAAUAUAGACUUUAAGAGAGCUAGAAAGAAGGAUAUCUGAAAAUCAAACUGCUAUUCAGUAGGUUAAUGAUAAAAAUUACUUGCAAGAAUAAAUACUCUAUGAUUUCAGGAAAGAUCUAGCUCAAAAUAUGA